AUGCUCGAGCAGUGUAAACAGAGGGCUUCGUUUGCGUUCGUGCUCGUUGAAAACCGGCGAGCUACGAUCACGAAUGCUCGAUGCUCGAUGCUCGGGGGAUGUUUGGGCAGUGUAAAUGGGGCUUUAUAUGUGAGCACUUGGUUUGCCUACAAGCUAUUUGCAUUUCUGAAGGAGAAGGAUACACCAACCAAUACUUUGGACACAGAAAGUGUUUUUGUCGAACAGCCUGAAAAUGAUCCUGAUGAAGAUGAGGAGGAAGAAUCUAAUCAAUCUGAACCUGUUGUACCAUCUGGGAAUCAAAGCACGGCAACAGCAUCGCCUGCUUUAACAUCAAGUCAAAACAGAUUUGUACCACCGCAACCCAAAAAGCGAAGGAGAACGGCCAUUGACGACCCCCGGCUUGCUCAGGCGUACAAAAUCAUGGAUAAUGCGACAAAAACAACUCGUGAUGAAUGUUCAACAUUUGGAGAGCAUAUUGCGACAAAGCUCCGAAAGUUUGAUGACCGUAACCGUAAUUAUUUGAUGCACAAGAUUAGUACAUUGAUAUACGAGACAGAAAUCGAGGUUGACACUGUUUACACACGUUCUCCUAUGCAACAGAGCGGUGAAUCCAGCGCAAGCCGAAUGUCUACUCCUAGUCCUCAACUUCCAUUGCAACAAGUAUACAGUCCACCUGCCAACAACCCUAUACAAACAUUUAUAAAUGGCUUUGUGGAUAACAAUUCAGAAGUUUUAACUACUCUGUAA